CUGUGCUCUCUUUAUUUCCAGUGCUUUAUCCAACAUGUCGUCCGCCUGUGCAUGAAAACAACAGAAGCGAUAUUCACAGCGCAGUUUAUGAAGUGAAGGGAGGUCUUCUUUAUUAAAGGGAGUUUAUUAAGUGAACGAACCAUGUGCCGUGCGGAGGACGCCAGCGGAAAGGGAGGCGCGCAGAAGCCGGGCACCGGUGAGCGGGAGACGGGUUACAGGAGUCCCGGGCUCCGGGGAGUCAGAACCACUUCACUGUUCCGCGCUGUCAACCCGGAGCUUUUUAUCAAACCUAAUAAAGGUGUGAUGGUGAUGGGAUUGUUGAGCAUCAGUCUGUGUGUUGGAUAUCUCGGCUAUCUUCACGCCAUCAGAGAUAGAGACCAGCAGCUGUAUGAAGCCAUAGACAGUGAUGGAGAGACAUACAUGAGGAAAAAAACCUCCAGAUGGGACUGAUGAUGGACAGAAAACCUCUAAAACAUAUACAUAUACAGUUGUGUGCUUUAAAAACAUUAAUAAUAAAGCAUUUAUUUAUUUUAUUGAUAAUCAUAACGUUUUGUAAUAAAAUAAAGUAUUGCCAAUGUCUGACAUUGGUGUCCGGCGUCAUAACAGCACAUUUUGUUAUGCUGGAUGUAUGUUGAAUGGCUGUACACAAAUAUAUUAUUUUGUUAAUUAUAAUAAAAAAAUCAUAAUGUA